GUCAGUGUGCUCAUUUAAACCACAGCAGCAGCAUUUACCUGCUGACACUCGGCAUGAUGAUGGAGAAGGUGCUGGUCCUGGUGGGUCUGCUGGUUCUGGCCACGUCACACGCUAUCCCAGUUUCUCUUGAAGUACACGAGGUUUAUGAGAAUGGGGAAGAUGAGAAUCCGAUUCUAAACCUGGGUUCAGAUGCCAACCUCCUUGAAGGGGACAUUUUACUUCCUAAAGGAAGGAAUGCCCUGGUAGACAAAACAUACAGAUGGAAGUUUCCCAUCCCCUACAUUCUGGGGGAUGAUUUGGACCUGAAUGCUAAAGGCUGCGUCCACCAGGCGUUUGAAAUGUAUCGCCUCAAGUCCUGCAUCGACUUCAAGCCUUAUGAGGGAGAGAAGACCUACAUCAAGUUUGAAAAGAGAGGAGGGUGUUUCUCCAGCGUUGGCGACCAGCAGGAUGGUCAGAUCCUGUCUCUGGGGUCCGGCUGUGACCACAAGGCGGUGAUUGAACACGAGUUACUCCACGCUCUGGGAUUUUACCACGAACAGUCCCGCACAGACCGGGAUGACUAUGUGGACAUCUGGCUGGAACAGGUUACACCAGGACUUGAGCAUAACUUCAACAAAUACAAGGACGACUUCAUCACCGAUCAAAACACGCCUUACGACUACGAGUCCGUCAUGCAUUACAGGCCCUUCUCCUUCAAUAAGAACGAAUCCGUCCCCACCAUCACCACCAAAAUCCCAGAGUUCUACAACAUCAUUGGCCAGUACCUGGACUUCAGCGCCAUGGACGUCCUCAGGCUGAACCGGAUGUACAACUGCUCUGGACCACUAACCCUGCUGGAUCAGUGUGCCUUUGAGUAUCCCAGUAUCUGUGGGAUGAUCCAGGCCUCCUCUGACGACGCCGACUGGAUCCACACCAAGUCCAGCGAGGGUUCAGAGGAUCACACACUCCUGGGAAGAUGCAGAGAUGCUGGGUUCUUCAUGCACUUCAGCACCAUGAGUGGGAGGCCUGAAGAGACUGCUCUGCUGGAGUCCCGAACCCUCUACCCCAAGAGGCAGAUUAAAUGUCUGCAGUUCUUCUACAAAAUGACUGGAAGCCCCAAGGACCGGCUGGUGAUAUGGAUCAAGAUGGAUGAUGGAGCAGGCAGCGUUCGCAGCAUGAAGAAAAUACAGACGUUCUACGCGGAUUCAGACCACAGCUGGAAGAUUGCCCAUGUCUCAGUGGAAGUAGGAGUGAAAUUCCGCUAUGCUUUCCAAGCUGUGCGUGGCGACCCCACGGCGUCCACCGGUGGAAUCUACAUUGACGACAUCAGCCUGACCGAGACCCGCUGCCCCAACGCCGUCUGGAAGAUCUCCAACUUCUCCAAGAUCAUGGAAACUGCCACCACCGAUACGUACAUCGACAGCCCUCGGUUCUACAGCCCUGAAGGCUACGGUUACGGUGUUCGAGUCAUCCCUCGGUCCACCUACACUGACUACACAGGGAACUACACAGGGCUGUACUUCCACCUGAUCAGUGGGGAGAAUGAUGUGGUGAUGCAGUGGCCAGCAGUGAACAGACAAGCAACCUUAGUGGUGAUGGACCAAGACCCAAACAUCAAGCUGAGGAUGUCCUCUGCUCGCAGUCUCACCACUAGCGAGAUGUUAACAUCAACUGGAGAUUAUUUUUGGGACAAUCCGUCCAAGGUGGGGACGUUGGACCCUUCAUGUGACUGCUACAGAGGUCCAACAUGGGGCUGGAGGAACUUCAUCAAACACUUUGACCUCCGGCGACGCAACUACCUGAAGAACGAUGACCUCAUCAUAUUCAUUGACUUCGAGGAUAUAACAUCACUGAUCAAAACUGAAGUUCCCGUUACGCCGGUGGAAUAACGAACUGGACGUAGGACUUUACACACUGACACGUCUCACCUGUGGAGAUUAUAUCAAAUAAUUCUGUGAAGUAUGUCCUCUUUUGCAGCAAACGCAGCUUUGGAUGCCAAGAAAAACCUGUAAAGGUGAAGACAGGAUGGAAUCACAACUAAACAAAAAUAUUAAAAUGUAGAUUUAUAUUUGGUAUAAAUUCUGUACAUAAAGAGUAAAACAUGUUUGUGCAUAUUUGAAGUGGUUUAGCAUUAAAAUCUUUAAAUUAAAUCUAUUAAAUCAUACUAUUGAUCAACA